UCCAGACUGAAUGGCUGUAACCUCUCAGAGAGAGGCUGUGAUGCAUUGUCCUCAGUUCUCAACUCCCAGUCCUCUAGUCUGAAAGAGCUGGACCUGAUUAACAAUGACCUGCGGGAUUCAGGAGUGACGCUUCUGUCCGCUGCACUGUGGAGUCCACAUUGUACACUGGAAACUCUCAGACUGAGUCACUGUCACCUGUCAGAGAGAAGCUGUGAAGCUCUGGCCUCAGGUAUCAGCUCUCAGACCUCUAUUCUGAGACAGCUGGACCUGAGUAACAGUAACAUGAAGGAUUCAGGCGUGAAGCUUCUGUCUGAAGGACUGAAGAGUCCACACUGUAGACUGGAAACUCUCAGGUGA